AUGUCUGGCAGUACUCACCUCUAUCGAAGGCUGCGCCUGAUCCUGGGUCUCACGGUCAUCAUCUCGCUGCUCACCGUUCUGUCCUCGCCAUCGACUUUUCCAGCCCUCACCGCGGUCGACAUAAGGACGACGCAUAGGGUCGCCGCUCGACAGGCGCAGGACCCACAAUUCUCGCCCUUCAAAAAGCCAGACCUCUGUCACGGUUGGACGAGCAAUGUCACGAGCGAUGACGAUCCAAAGGGUUGCAUGCGAGCCAUCAAGUAUCGUCAAGUGGAAAGCCUAUCGAGGGACUUGCUCCGCGAGAUGACAUGGUCCGACAAGUUACGCAAGCGGAAUGUCGAAGCCAUUGAGCGGUUACAGGCGUGUCUGGGCGGUGUAAACGUUACGAAAGAGGAUUGUCCGGACACCACCUUUACCGUGAUCGUCGGAUCCUGGUGGUGGUGGGACAUGGCGUUGACCGACGAGAGCGAGUCAGGAGAGACGGUAUGGAUGAGAACGAUAACAAACGUCCUAUCCGAGCAGGGCUACACGCUAUUGUCCUGUUCCCACUACUUUUACGAUCGCCUAAUCGAGCUCCAUCACGCAUUACCGGACGUAAUUUCGCUCAUCUGGGCGGAGGAUCGCAUCGCCGUGUCGUGCAUUGCCGAUCCACGCUGCGUGCAGGGACACGCCGAGGCAGUCGAUCUGCCUAUCGAGCAGCGUCCUGGAGACAUACCGUUGUGGAAGAUCUUCACGUUGACCUAUUGGGGCGCAAGACCAUCCACCCAUGGAAAGCAGAGUAACGAAUGGGGCAACACGCCAGAGUUGGGCGAGUUUUCCUACAACCCGCUCGGGAACGCCUGGACAAUCUCGCCGUGGGACUAUCCCGGACACACCUACAUCCCGCUAAGUAUCGAGAGGGAAUGUACAAAGGCAACGGUUGUUCCACGAGAUCAGCGGAAAGACCAAGCCUUGGUGUUGGCCAAAUUAUUCAACUACUUUUACGCAGAGACGUUUACGGAAGCCUUGAAUCCUCGACUAUGGGCAUCUUUCGAAAACACGACCGGCCUCAAACCGAUAGGCACUGCUGUCAACCUCGCCAAUCGACACUUUGAAGCCCCUGAAGGACUUAUCAAUCUCGGUUCUCUGAGUAGGUCAGAUUACGAUCGGAAAUUGGCAGAGUCCAAAGUCCUCUUGGGGAUCGGCCGGCCAGAAAUCUCUCCCAGUCCCUACUCUGCUCUCUGCCAAGGCGUACCAGUGGUCAUUCCUUACUACGGGGAUUCGCCAACACCUCCCGGCUGGGACCUAUAUCAUCAGGAACUCGCGCAACAUGGACCCGCCGCGCUUCUGGGAGAGCCCUAUGUCUACAGUUAUCAUUACAAGGACACGGAAGAGCUGUUCGAAAAGCUAGAACGAGCCAAAAACACGCCCAUCGAUCGAUAUAUACCCUCCGGUAUGACCUUUAGGCGCGCUCAAACUGCUACGCUUGAUGUCGUCGAGCGUGACUGGGAGGCCGAGGCGAGCGCGAUCAUUGGGAUGAAACAAGCGGGUGAAACCACUUCCGCGCGCCACACCCUCGCGCUGCCAGACAUGAUCAUCGAGCGCUGUUUCAAGAAGGGCAACUGCGUUCGCUUGAGCGCAGACAACAAGCAGGUCAAGACUCGAACAGACGCUGUCCCUACGUCUUCGCAUACUUUGUAA